AGUGGAACGCACCCGAAGCGACGUAUCCAGAAUCGAGAACAGAACACCACUACGUCCGGUCGACCGUCGAGUUUCCUUUUGCACGUUUCUUUCGACGCAGACAGCAUGGUUAACGUGCCGAAGCAAAGGCGUACUUUUUGCAAAAAAUGCAAAGUACACAAAAAUCACAAGGUGACGCAGUAUAAGAAAAGCAAGGAGAGACGUGCCUCGCAAGGCAGAAGGCGUUAUGACCGUAAACAGCAGGGUUUCGGCGGUCAAACGAAGCCUAUUUUCAGGAAGAAGGCAAAAACUACCAAGAAAAUUGUACUGAGAAUGGAAUGCACUGAAUGCAAGUACAGGAAACAAAUUCCAUUGAAGAGGUGCAAACAUUUCGAGCUGGGUGGUGACAAGAAGAGGAAGGGACAAAUGAUUCAAUUCUAAGAUUACCCAUUCUUCUCUGUAUUUAAUAAAAAAUAAAAAAACCUAUAGGGAUUUGUA